UGUGAGGGAGGAAGAAAAAGAGGAGCUAAAGCACUUUCAUAGGUCCCAUGGCAUGUCUCCUCAGCAGCCCCAUGAUGUGAUCUCCAUCCUUUUUUCCACAGCAAUUCUGCUAUCUUCUUCUUCUUCUUCUUCUUCUUCUUUUUCUUCUUCUCCCACCAUCUUCUUCUUCAUCUUGCUUGGGAAUUCAUCUGAUAUGUCAAGCAACAAAGGAAAGGACACAGGAGAAGGGUCGUCGACUCGAUCCUCUGCUGAAGAUCAGCAGCAGCAACCGCCACCACUGAGUCGGUACGAGUCGCAGAAGCGGCGAGACUGGAACACCUUUGGACAGUUCUUGAAGAAUCAAAGACCCCCAGUUGCCCUCGCCCAGUGCAACUCCAACCAAGUACUCGAUUUUCUUCGAUAUCUUGAUCAGUUCGGAAAGACAAAGGUGCACCUACAAGGCUGUGUCUAUUUUGGGCAACCUGAACCACCUGGUCCUUGUACUUGUCCAUUGAAACAAGCUUGGGGCAGCCUUGAUGCCCUAAUCGGUCGCCUCAGAGCUGCUUAUGAAGAAAAUGGAGGAUUACCUGAGAAAAACCCUUUUGCCAGUGGGGCAAUUCGGAUUUAUUUACGCGAAGUGAGGGACUCCCAAGCCAAGGCGAGGGGUGUCCCGUAUAAGAAGAAGAAGAAAAAGAGAAAUCAAAUGAAGGCGAACAACGAUGAGUCGAACUUUCCGAUGCAGUCCAUGUGAUUCUUUCCAGCUUUCCCGAGAAAAUGGCCCCAUAUCAUGUCCAAGUCAGAGAAUUCGACCCUCUAUAUUUUGGAGUUCUACCAUGUCUAGUAUAUGAUGUUGCUGUCCAACUCUUCAGUGAUCAUGGUCAAGUCUUUGAUGUCUUUCUAUGCAUGCACUAAUUUAUCAUCUUGAUGAGAGUUAAAGCUUCAUUAAGUUGAUGAAGCCCGAUCGAAGAAGCGAAAGAGAAGAUGAUUAGUUUUAUUACAUGCAGUUAAAUUGGUCACCUUGAACUAUAUCAAUAUAUAUAUAAAUAUAUAGAUAUAUAUGUCAAUGCAGGACUUUUGAUUCUGCAGUUGUAUUCUCAAAUUUUGAAUGAUUGGAAGGUAAGAAAGUUGCAACAAUGUCAUUUUGGGAUAUUAUGGAAGUAUUUGCAGUAAAUUAGGAUGUUUUCUUUCAUA